UUCCCCAAAGCGUUUAGUCUUUGUCUUGAGCUGCCUGUCAGACUCUCUUUGCCUCUUCACUUCUACAUAUUUCCCUAUCGGAUGGAGAGGUGAAGCUCUGACAGAGCAUAGGAGAUUGCCCGCAGACCUAUAAGAGUCCCAUUAUAUGUUCUCUGCUGGAAGGAGCUAGGAGAAGACCUGUCAGAUUGUGGAGACCCAGAUCCCCAACUGGAACUGUUCACUUUGUUGGAAUUAUAAGGAAAAAAGCUUGAAUAAGAGGAGUGCAUAAAGUCCUUCCAAGCAACUCAUCUUGCAAGAUUCCUGAGACCGGACAAGUGAAUUUCUAAAGGAGCCACAAUAGUGAAACAGUAGUCCUGAAGCAUCCAGAUGCAGGCUGUUCAUGUGGAAGCACUGCAGGUGAGACUCGGUUUACCUACACAGAAACUUGACUGCGUUUGCACAAACAAAUGCUGUUCACGAGCUUGCACAGGGCUGUGUGUGCUGGUCUUCUGUCAUACGAGCCCCUGAUGAGACUCUAGUUAUCUGCCAACCCUUCCCCCCACUACACAUUGCCCCUCGUCCCCUUUCUCUCUUUAUUGCCUGUGCCUGGGUGACUGAUGAAUGGUUCAGCGUUCUAUGGAAGGACCGGCAAUUGAUGAUCCCCAGGAUUCCAAACUUCCUUUUUCCCCUCCGAAGGUUGAAUUGAGUGGAGGUUGUUAAGCUGCCUGAGAAGAGUACUGAAGAAUGCGGUGACGAAACCCAGUGUGCUGGUGUUAGAAGAAGUGGGGGUGCUACCAAGAUGAGGGGGUGUCACAAGCAGCUCUGCUUGUGAAAAAGGACUGGAAGCAGGCAGGAGGACGAAGCCGAAAGUAAAAUUCAAUUUCUCUGGAAGGGGAAUUUCUAAGAACACAAAGUGCUGGAGACAGUUAGAAACAAGAAGCAGAAGUGCCGAUAAAGAACCUUUCGUGCUAUAAAAAGAAGGGACUUUUAAGCUUUUAAUUAAUCUGUGCAUGUUGCAGAAUGAGAAGUUUAAGCCUUACUGCAUUCGUGCUGUGAUAUUUCAGCAGCAGGAAGGGAUCAUACUACCUCAGUCUCAGAAUGAGGUACCAAGGCAAUUUCUAACACAUACCUAUUAUUCCAGUUCUCUUCCUCCAUAGUAUUUUUUUGGAUACAGCAUCAGCAGAGCGUGUACCUGUACCGACAUUCUUCACCUGGACAUCCCUGAGCAUUUUCACAUUAUUUAAUGGCCUAAGGGAGUUUGUGCAUAGGCAUCUUUGUUACCAUUUUAUCUUCAAGAUUCUGAGGGUGUUUAUGGAAGGUGUAAUAGCUCAUGGAUGUACAGCAUUAAUUUUCCCAUACGGCUUUUUGGAAUGGGCUGCUUGAACUUUGCAAAGGCCAACGUGUUUGCGAGUCGACUGAAAUUUGUGCUUGACAAACCCCAGAAGAGAAAGUACCCCCAUUAAUCAACGGUGGCCUUAACCACGUUGACCUUGAUCCGAGUGUACCAUGGUGUCCUAACUGGGGGAAAAUAUUGUCGUUUUGACCGGAAAGGAGGUUUAGAAUGUUCUUCCUCUGUAUAUUAAAAGGAAUAUCUCAUUUGUGUGUUGGGAUGGAGUGUACAGCUGGAUAGAGUGUUAACUUUGUGGAGACUAUAGAGAGGACCUCACGAACAAAGCGUUUGCCAUGACUGGCUGCCACUACCCUGGUCCGUCUAAUGAGCGGGACCGUAUCUACCAACAUAAAGUUUCCUUGGUCGUGCGCUAUUUUAUGAUCCCAUGUAAUAUAUGCCUGAUUCUCCUUGCCACAUCCACGCUUGGAUUCGCCGUCCUCCUUUUCCUCAAUAACUAUAAACCAGGCAGCCAUUUCCCGAGCCCGCAACCAACGCUACAGGAUGUGUGCCGUGGAAUGCUGUGUGGAUUUGGUGCUGUGUGCGAGAGGAGCAGUACUGACUCGUCCCAAGCGGCCUGCGUCUGUAAGAAAGCUGCGUGCCCGUCCGUGGUGGCCCCUGUCUGCGGAUCCGAUUAUUCAACCUACAGCAAUGAGUGUGAGCUCGAAAGGGCCCAGUGCAACCAACAAAGAAGAAUCAAAGUCAUCAGCAAAGGACCAUGUGGCUCCCGGGACCCAUGUUCAACGGUGUCCUGUAGUUACGGUAGCACAUGCGUACGUUCAGCAGAUGGACAAACUGCGAAGUGUGUCUGCCCUACCACCUGCGCAGGUGUGCCAGUGAAUGUGGUUUGUGGUAGUGAUGGGAAAGACUACCGUAACGAGUGUUAUCUCAACAAGCAGGCCUGUGACAACCAGGAGAAUCUGUACAAAAAGUUUGAAGGACCUUGUGACCCGUGUAAGAGUGCCCUAAAUGACAUGAACAGAGUGUGUAGAGUGAAUUCUCGAACAAGACGGGCAGAAAUGCUUGGUCGACCAGAGAAUUGUCCAUCGCGGAAAGAGCCUGUGUGUGCUGACGAUGGUGUAACCUACGAAAACGAGUGUGUCAUGACCAGAACUGGAGCUAUUCGUGGCAUCGAUUUGCAAAAAAUUCGUUCAGGGCAGUGCCAGACUCAAGACAAAUGCAAAGACGAAUGUAAGAACAAUGGUGUGUGCCUUAACCGGCGUGGUGUAACCCGCUGCACCUGCGACCGCAUUACUUGUGACGGUACUUACAAGCCUCUAUGUGGCCGGGACAGCCGAACGUAUGCCAACGAGUGUGAAAGACAAAGGGCCGAAUGCCUACAGAAAACAGCCAUCCCAGUGAAACACAACGGACCAUGCGAUCUUCAUGCUCCCAGUCCUUGCUUGAGAGUGGACUGUGGAUUUGGAGCAGUGUGUGUCGUGAAGAACCAGCAGGCGGUUUGUGAGUGCCAGCAGGCAUGCCAGGGUGUGUACGACCCUGUUUGUGGGAGUGACAAGCGUACUUAUGGAAACCCAUGUGAGCUGGAAGCUACAUCCUGUGCUCUAAAGAAGAAGAUCACAAUUAGCCACAAGGGACCCUGUGACCUCUGUGGGAAGUGCCAGUUUGGCGCUAUAUGUGAAGCGGAGACUGGUCGUUGUGUUUGCCCCACCGAAUGUGUCCCAUCAGCCCAACCAGUAUGUGGCACAGAUAAAAAAACAUACAGCAGUGAGUGCGAACUACAUGUCCGAGCAUGCACUCAGCAGAUCAACCUACAAGUUGCAGCCCAAGGAGAUUGCAAAACCUGUGGAAACACCAUCUGCACCUUUGGCGCCCAAUGUGUUAACAACCAAUGCAUGUGCCAGCGGUGCGACCGUCAGCCUUAUCUCCCGGUCUGUGGCAGUGAUGGAGUCACCUAUGAUAACCAGUGUGAGCUGCAGGCUGCGUCCUGCAAGCUUAUGAAGAAAAUUGAUGUGUCCCGUGCCGGGUCCUGUGACGACGAAUGUGGUUCUGGUACAGAUGGGUCUGGGUCUGGCGAGGACAGCGAGUGUGAACAAGAUCGCUGUAGGCGUUACGGAGGUUCCUGGGACGAGGAUGUAGAAGACGAUCGAUGUGUCUGUGAUUUCACUUGCCAUGCAGUGCUGCGUAAUUUGGUAUGUGGAUCUGAUGGCGUCACUUACUCCAAUGAAUGCGAGCUGAAGAAGACUCGCUGUGAAAGGCGUCAGGACCUGUACGUCGCAGGACAAGGCCCUUGCCGGGUUACUACAACCAGCUCUCCUUCCCUGGUUCCACACUGCAGUCAGACCGUGUACGGCUGCUGUCCUGACAAUAUCACUGCUGCACUCGGUGUUGGUCUGGCGGGAUGCCCAAGCAGCUGUCAAUGUAACCAGCAUGGCUCCUACGCAGGUACCUGUGACCCCACAACUGGUCAGUGCUCUUGCAAACCUGGGGUGGGAGGACUGAAGUGUGACCGAUGUGAGCCCGGAUUUUGGAACUUCCGAGGCAUAGUGACUGAUAAGAAAAGCGGCUGUACUCCAUGUAACUGUGAUCCAGUGGGCGCCAUACGGGAUGACUGUGAGCAGAUGACGGGACUAUGUACUUGUAAGCCCGGUAUCUCAGCAUUAAAGUGCAAUGAGUGCCCUGAUGGACGCAAGCCUGGCCUAACGGGCUGUGAGAAAGAUCCUUCAGCUCCCAAGUCUUGCAAUGCUAUAAAAUGCCAAUUCGGAGGAUCCUGUGUUAUUGUUGGAGGCUUUGCCCACUGUGAGUGUCCUUCUCCGUUGUGUGCUGAGGCCAAUCUUACCAAGGUCUGCGGCUCUGACGGCGUGACCUAUGGAGACUGGUGCCAAUUGAAAACUAUUGCUUGCCGACAAGGUCGUACGAUCACCGUGAAAUACACUGGUCCAUGCCAAGAAACUGUUACUCAUGCUAAUUAUGAAUCAUUGACGCCAUCGGGGACACCAUCACCACCCGUUGGUCGCAUACUUCCAAAACCAUCCUCUUUCCUCUUGUAUUUCGAAAGUACAACCCUUCCUGAAGAUCCCACCAGCACUGUCAAACCAGUUACCCAGGCACACAGAGUCCGAACAUCCACGGUUAGGCCAGCUGUCACAGCACCCAUAAUUCGGACUACAGCGGCUCAAACCGAUGAUGAAUCUGGAAGUGGCAGUGGAGAUGAUGAUCUAGAAGCCAGUGGAGAUCAGGAAGUCAGUGGAUCAGAACCUAAAAAGGGCAUGUUCGAGGCAAAAGAUGAGGAGCAGCAAGAGCAAGAAGAUCUAACAGAACUCGAAGCUACCCCAGUCAUGGAGAGAGCUAGCUGUUAUAACACCCCUCUGGGAUGUUGCUCCGACGGCAAGACACCAGCAAUUGAUGCAGAAGGGACCAAUUGCCCAAAAACAAAAAUAUUCCAAGGUGUCCUCAUUAUAGAAGAGCUGGAGGGUCAGGAAGUAUUUUACACGCCGGAGAUGUCGGACUACAAGUCCGAGUUGUUUGGAGAAACUGCAAGAAGCAUUGAGAAUGUGUUGGAUAAUCUCCUCCGAAAUUCUGAUGUGAAGAGGGAUUUCAAGAGUAUCCGCGUGCGGGACCUCGGGCCAAGCAAUUCCAUCAGAGCCAUUGUGGAAGCGCAUUUCGAUCCAGCUACCACCCUGGCUGCUGUUGAUGUGCAGAAAGCUUUACUGAAACAACUGAAAAAUAUCAAAAAGAAGACAAUCACCGUCAAGAAGCCCAUACAAGACCAUGUCAAAUUCUUGGACUUUGGUGAGAUCCUUGACUGGGUACCUGUCAUGGUUACAACCACAACAUCAACAACUGCGACUAUUAGUACUGGAGCAACUACUAGCAUUCCUGUUGUGGCCACCACCACUACGACCAUGCCCACCACUCCCUCACCCAGAAGGAUGAUGUCUGUGAAGACCACCCCAGUACCACUCUUUCAGCAUCCAGUGACCACUGCAAGAAUGACAACAAAAAGGCCAGUAACUACCAAGAGGCCAAUAACCACUGCCUCGACCACAACCAGGCGAAAGCCUACUCGGCUUCCACCAGCCACCAAGAAACCUCCUCGACCUUGUGAUUCACAUCCUUGUUUGCAUGGUGGCACCUGCGAGGAUGAUGGGAAAGACUUCACCUGCAGUUGCCCAGCUGGAAAGGGAGGAGCAGUAUGUGAGAAAAAUAUUAAGUAUUUCAUCCCAGGAUUUGGUGGCAAAUCAUACCUUGCGUUUAAAAUGAUGAAGGCGUAUCACACUGUGCGGAUCGCCAUGGAAUUCCGCUCCUCUGAGCAGAACGGCUUGCUUCUCUACAAUGGCCAGAUACGUGGAAAGGAUUUUAUCUCUCUUGCUGUGGUUAAUGGCUUUGUAGAGCUUAGGUUUAACACCGGAUCAGGCACUGGAAUGAUUACCAGUAAAGUGCCCAUCGAGCCUGGCAAAUGGCAUCAGUUAGUGGUGACCCGUAACCGCCGUAGUGGUAUGCUGUCUGUGGACGGUGAAAGCCACGUCAAUGGGGAGAGCCCACCUGGCACUGAUGGUCUAAACCUUGACACAGAUCUGUUUAUUGGAGGAGCACCAGAGGAUCAAAUCGCUGUGGUGUCAGAGAGGACGUCAUUGUCUGUUGGCCUUAAAGGUUGUAUCCGUCUACUGGAUGUGAACAACCAAGUGUACAACCUGCAGGAGGAGGGACCUGAUGUCUUGUAUGGGAGUGGGGUAGGAGAGUGUGGAAAUAAUCCCUGCCAACCCAAUCCUUGUCACAAUGGUGCAAAGUGUCAAAUUAAGGAGGCUGAGAUGUUUCAUUGCCAAUGUCUCAGUGGAUUCAUGGGCCCAACGUGUGCAGAUGAGCGCAAUCCAUGCGAUCCAAAUCCAUGUCACGACUCUGCCACAUGCCUGGUCCUACCCGAAGGGGGAGCCAAGUGUGAGUGUCCAAUGGGCAGAGAAGGAGAAUUCUGCGAGAAGGUCACUGACCAGGACCUGAGUGCUUCAUUCUUACCCCAGUUUAAUGGAUAUUCCUACCUACAACUGAAAGGCCUCCAGACAUUUGCCACCGAUAUAAGUGAAAAGUUUUCUAUGGAAGUAGUAUUCCUUGCCAGCAGUCCCAGUGGCUUGAUCUUUUAUAACGGGCAGAAAACCGACGGAAAAGGGGACUUUGUGUCCUUGGCUCUUCACGAUGGUCAUCUCGAGUAUCGAUACGAUCUAGGAAAAGGAGCUGCUGUCAUCAAGAGCAAGGAUAAAAUUCAGCUUAAUACCUGGAUCAGUGUCACACUGGAACGAACCAGGAGGAAAGGGUUAAUGCGAAUCAACAACAAAGAACAGGUUACUGGAGAGUCACCGGCACCGCAUACUGCUCUCAAUCUGAAGGAGUCUCUCUACGUUGGUGGAGCACCAGACUUCAGCAAACUGGCUCGAGCUUCUGCUGCUUCCACUAGUUUUGAAGGAGCCAUACAGAAGAUAAAUAUUAAGGGACUCCCAAUACUAAAGCAGGACAAUAUCCUCAAUGCCAUUGAAAUUUCCACCUUCUCCAACCAUCCCUGUACCCAAAAGCCCAACCCUUGCCAGAACAGCGGCCUUUGUGUACCCAAAAAGGAGACCUAUGAGUGUGUCUGCCAGAGGGGCUUCUCAGGGGGACAGUGCGAAAAAGUGACUAUUGAGAAGUCUGCCGGAGAGUCUGAAGCCAUAUCUUUUGAUGGGAAGACCUACCUGGAGUACCAUAACGCGGUGACCAAAAGCCAACUGACUAAUGAGAUACCUGAUCCUGACCCUGUGGACAAUCCAGACGACCCCAGUGAGAAAGCUCUUCUCUCCAACCAGUUUGAAUUGAGCAUCAAGACUGAAGCCACUCAGGGUCUAAUCCUAUGGAGUGGGAAAGGAACAGAGCGUUCAGACUACAUCGCCCUUGCCGUGGUUGGCGGUUACGUCCAGAUGACGUAUGACCUGGGCUCCAAACCUGUUGUUAUGCGGUCCACGGUACCAGUUAACACCAACCAGUGGAUUCGUAUCAAAGCAGCCAGAAACAACAGAGAUGGCAUCCUGCAAGUUGGAAAUGAAGCUCCGAUAUUUGGUUCUUCUCCUCUUGGUGCCAUGCAGUUGGAUACUGACGGAGCUCUCUGGCUAGGUGGAAUAGAAAAACUAAGCGUCUCGUACAAGCUGCCCAAAGCAUACAGUACGGGUUUCAUCGGAUGUGUCAAGGAUGUUCUAGUUGACCACCAAGAGUUGCAUCUCGUUGAAGAUGCAUUGAAUAACCCCCCUAUAUUAUAUUGUACAGCCAAAUAAUUGGGGAAUCCACUUCUCUUCCUCCUUCUGGCCUAACCCCUUUCCCUCCUCUCCCUACCCAUUCACUGCUGUAAUUAUUUUCUAUUUUUGUAAACUUAUUGCUUUUUAUAUUUUGUGUGUGUGGGGGGAGGAAGGAGAAGGCAGUGUCCUUAUUGUGCGCGUAUGUGAGGGCGCUCUGAUCAUGCAACCAGACCAAAAUCCCAAAAGGAGGGUGGAUACAACAAAACUUUAAUUGCAGAGAAGUUAUAAUAUCAGCAGGUAAAACAGAGUGAUUGAGUGAAUCAUAAGGGCCUUAUUGCAUUAAAAUCAGGGAUUACAGUAGGAGACAAAAUAUACAUUUUGUAUUGAAGUUCUAAAUUUUCUUACCAAGGAGGGGUCUUUGCACCCAUCCUUUCACAUUAUGACCUCUGGUUGCGCCAUUUGUGUUCUUAUUUUGAAUUUUUUUUUAUUUUGUGUGAGUGCAUGUAAUUUACCCCUGGCUUUUUUUCUGAUGUGUGAUGUGUCGAGCUUAAGUUGAGAUAUUUGUUUUGUGAUUGAAUGGAUGUCCCUGCUGCUGGCUGACUUGCAUGUUUGAAAUGUGACCUAGAGAGGAAAAAUGGAUCCUCACGUGAAACAGUGGCCUUCUUAUCAUAAUGAGCAUUCUGCAUUGUCGAUUUUAUGAUUCCUUCAAACCCCACCCCAUGAGCUCAUCUGUUCUACUUCCAUUUCCUCUACCCACAAAGAAAUUUUCAUGAGAGAACCUACUGGUUCAACAUUUUUGGGGUUGAGGGCCGAAUUAUGAGGCUUUAUUUCGGAAGACUACAGAGGAGACAUAAUCGGCUCUCUGAAUCCACCUUUACAAAUAUCCUGGAAGGUGGUUAUUGGUUUAUGAUGGGCCCAGUAAAGUCUUGUAGAUGAUUCCUUGGUGUAAUUGUAUUUAAAAAAAAAAACAAGGAAAGACUCAAUCCCUUCUAGGACAGGGUGUUUAUUAUAAUGCUGGAGGCAAUUCAUUUUAUUUUUACUUUCACACAGUUUUUUUUUUUUUCAAUUUACAUUUUAGAUGUACAUGAUUAUAAAUUGUCAUUUUCUAGCUUGAGAUAAAUUUAUUAAAUCUUUAUUUUUAACUCAUUUACUGUAACAGAAAAUGGUGUAUUGUUGAAUUUACCGAUGGCGCCAGCGCUUUAACUAAAACAAUUGUUCUGGGUCUUCCUUACUUGAAUACAUAAACCUAUUAUUCAACUUUAAAAUAGCAGCAAAAAUAUAUUUUAGUAAAUAACCACUGAGUUUCUCAAUAGGAGAAAUAAUAAUGUCAAAAUAAUAAAAAAAAUCCUCAAGUUAAUCUUGUAUAAUCACACAUAUGUGCUACUUAGUGGCCUCCUGUUGACCUUAGUGAUGCUCAUAACCUAUCAUUUUUGCAACAAAUACCAAAAGAGAAAGAAGAUAGCGUUGUUGAAAUACUUAUUAUUUGACUGUUUAAGAGGCAAUAACAGAAAUACUGAUAG